GUGAUGGUCUGUGCUGGAAGCAGCGCCGUAGUGGCGCUGCUUCACGCGCAUGUAGGGUGUGCAUUACACGUGGGCCAUAUGCGCAGCCAGUUAUCUUGUUUGACACUGUGCAGCGAAAUGCUAUUAUGUGUGAGGCAUGUGGUAUCAAGCCGAAAUAUGUUGAUCCAAGCGGAACGCAGCACUCUUAUUGUGGUCGCUCGUGUGCUCGGACUGGGGUCGGAAAGGUAGCGCCUGAAUGCCUGCUCAGAGGGUGCAGCAACACAGGGACUGCUUUCAAUGGGUUUUGUUCCGUUGACCAUGCGAAGAAGGGGAAUGCUCUUUCUCCCCCGUCAGCUCAUCCCAGCCCCAAGACGCAACUACACACUCAUAACCACACUGAUACUGGGCGUACGAAGCCUAAAGCUCCCUCGGAUCUUGUUCACUUGUCUGAGAUUCCCAGUUCUGCGACGGUGUGGCGAGAAUUUGUGAGGGAGUGGAAUAGCAAGUGGCUGUCCCUGGAAGGAUCAGCGUUGGUAGAAAAGUUAUAUGAAAUAUCUUAUCCGACGAGUAUAUCCGAUGCCCAAGACAAGUAUCUACAAGGCUCACAAGCUACUGGCCAAGCCCACAUCUUACGCACAUUUCACGCAUCUCAGUGUAUCUGCGACAUGGGGACUAAAGGUCCCACGCUUUGCAAGUGGAACUCGUGCGGGAUCUGCAAUGUCGUGGGCUCCGCUUUUAGAGGUGUCGCCUUUGGUGUUCCAUACAGUAUAGGGAAGCAAGGCAAGGGACUGUACUCUUCUAGAAACCCAGCUUCCGCCGAUCGGUUUGCCACAUCAUGCUUAUCUUCGCCUUACCGCGUCAUGAUCGCUUGCGAUGUUGUUUUGCCGCAACACCUUGACAAGAGCAGUUCGGUUGUUGCUGGAGACAGGGUAGUUGUUCGAGUGUCAGAUGCGAUCAUCCCUAGAUUCAUCGUGAUGUACACGAAGCAGACUUGAACCUCAUCCUCGUUAGUUUGGACAUUAUUUAUGUAUUUAAGUCUCUUGAAUGAGCGCAAACCAAGUUUUUCCGAAA